AUGGCCGGAAUAUUCAAAAAGGUUUACGACUGGCUUCUGCGGACGUUUUGGGCCAUGGAAAUGGAAGUCACCCUCGUUGGUCUGCAGAAUGCCGGCAAAACAUCGCUGCUGAGAGUUCUUGCUAGUGCGCGGCAGGGUGGUGAAUUUACUCUCGAGCAAGUAAACCCUUUCUUUCUUCAUGCCACUGACCGCAUUGCUUUAUUCAGUUCAAUACCGACCGUCGGCUUUAAUAUGAAGCGCGUGCAGCAGGGGCAUGUGACUCUAAAAUGUUGGGAUAUUGGCGGUCAGCCAAGGUUUCGAACCAUGUGGGAGAGAUAUUGUCGCGGCGUCAAUGCUAUUGUCUUCAUCGUAGACAUCGCAGACGUAGAUCUCAUUCCGCAGGCCAAGGAUGAGCUGCAUUCCCUCAUGAGCUGUCCAACAUUGGCUGGAAUCCCUCUUCUGGUGCUGGGCAACAAAUCUGAUUUGCCCCAAAAACUAUCCGUCGAUGAGCUGAUUGACGAGUUGGACUUGAAGCAGGUCCAAGGCCGAGAAGUCUGCUGCUAUGGCAUUAGUGCUAAAGAAGAAACUAACCUCGAUGCUGUGGUUCAGUUUCUUGUGAAAUGGGCCAGUCGAUGA